AUGGAGAGGGACGCAGUGCGCGGCUGCGGGGCCGAGCGUCGUGGGGAGAAGGAAGAGCGCGUGUCGCCGGCCGCCGGAGCAGACGGCCGAGGUGACGCCACCCUUCCCCACCACAAGCGCAAGCGCUCUCGAGGAGUCAAGGGAAGGGAUAUUGUAGAUGCUUCAAUCCUAAUGGCGGAGAUUGUCGGUUCUGCAGUUGUUCAGGAGUCAGUAAGCCAAAUCGUAUCUGGUCUGCUUCAAAAAUAUGAAGAUAAACACAACUCAAAUGCGUUCCGAAACCUUGAGAGGCUAGAGAUGGCACACAUCAGGCUGGAGGCUGUUCUUCAGACAUCUGAUAAGUGGGAUAUCACUGAUACAUCCUUGUUGCGUUGGCGUAGGAAGCUUAAGUCUGCUGCUCAAGAGUGUGAUGACACGCUGCACAGAUGCAGGCAGAGAAUCCUAGAAGAUGAACACAUAGAAAAGGAAGUAAGCAAUUCCUCCCUUCCUAAGCGGGUUGUGCAUGCUACGAGGUCAUUCGUUUCUUCUAUCUUUAACCACAACAAUGAUGACUUGAAUAUAUCCAUUGUUCAAAGAUUUGAAUGGUUUGCUGAUGGUGCUAGCGAGUUUCUGAGAUUACUAGAGCUUGGUGGCACGCCACGGUGUCACAUGCCCUUUGACCCUCUUAUCAAGCACCUUCUUGCUGGCAAGAUACUACAACAUAGAAUCAUUAGAGCAAACAAGUGCCCAUUAUUUCUACUGUUAGUGCCAUUUAUAACUGCAGAUCAUGGAAUAGAAGGUAGGAUUUACUUCAUGCAGAAAGAUUGUAACGCGUCGGAUGAUGAUUUUUACCUUAAUAUAGCGCUACAGCUUUCAGACAGUACAGACAUAGUUGGGGUUGCAAUUCAGUGCUUACAGCUGUUUGACCAUCUUUUCAAGUCUACAGUUGAAAAAAUUAGGAAAGAACUUAUGCAACUACCUACAGAAGAAUUCUCGUGGCUUCCAUAUGUUGAUUCACCCCAGCAAAAUUAUUGGGACAAUCUUCACAGGCGUGUCACUCAAUGGUUUCGCCCAAACCCAUUAUGUUGCAAGCAGCAUGAUAACAACAACUUUUUUCAUGGUAGCAGGCUAGACAAAUCAUCUGGAUUUCCAUAUGUUUCUCUAGAACAGGUUAUUCAUGUAAGUCUAUCGUGCCAUGUCUCACUCUCAGAGUGCGACAAACAGAAGGCCUCACAGUCAGACUGUAGAAGUUUUCUACGUGAUCAUCCAUAUCUGAGAGCUGGAGUCGUCUUUGCACUACAUGGCUCUUCAGAAGACGUGUUGCUUGUGGAUAAGUUUCCUGCAAUAGCGGCAAUGUACAGUGAGGAGCAACAUUGUUUGCAUACUGUCUUUACCUUGGGACAACUCGAGGAGAUCAUGCUGCCAAAAGCAGUAGAUUACUUCUGCCAGAAUGAGGAAGCUACAGUCUACCAGAUUCUUUGGAGGUCUAGGCAUGGCACUGCAUACAUUCAGGUUGAGAGAGCAAGCAUGUUCAUGCCAAGCACACGACAAACGUUUCAUGGAGCUAAGAGAAGGAAGCUAUUGCAAGGACAGGGUGAGAUGUUGGAGUGUGUAACAUAUAGGGCCUCUCGAUUCCUUGAGUUAUGGGCUACAUAUGCACCCAUCCAAUUGCAUGGCUCGAUCUUCAUAUGA